AUGAAGUUCAGCAGUAUCCUCACUGGUUUCAUGCUUGUGGGAGCUGGCCUCGCAGCUUCUCAGGCUUGGCGAUUUAGAAAUCUGGGCAGUCACGAGCAAUUCGACAAAAGCUCCAUCCAUAGGGGUGCUAUCGACUCGCGUCAAUACGAAGACCCCAAGGGCCUCGACAAGCAAGGGCCAUAUUCGUCGUCUGCAAGCCAUGCACCAACGGAUUUGCCAAUGGAGCAUGAACCUGGGACGAAGCCGAGAGAGACUGAGCAAGCGAAUCAGAACUAA